AUGACUCACCCCACCAUUCAUGCCGAAUUGGCCUUUUACCAAGCACCGCAAGACGGAUCAGCUCCAUACAAUUACGUGGGGGAGCCACCACUAGGAGAGCCAUGGCGCAACUACGGCAACGAUGUUCGUACAGUUCCUAUCCACGACAUCCGAGGGAAAGAAGAUCAGUUCUCCCUCGACCGGGACGCAUUUCAAAUCCUGAACGAUAUCACAUCGUCAGCUACAUACGAAACAUUUAACUCCGACGACUCCAUCCGGGAGAUAUACUACCCCGAGGUGGAACGGCUGCUCCUUGAAACGGUUGCCGGUGCCCACACUAUUAUCUUCUUCGAUCACACUAUACGGCGAGCAAAUCCCCACGCCGUGCGUCAACCAGUCAACCAGGUCCACGCAGAUCAAACCGAAAGGUCUGCUGAAUCCCGAGUACGCAAGCACGUAUCGGAUCCAGAGUUGGCCGAGAAGUAUCUAGGCGAACGAUAUCGGAUCAUCAAUGUCUGGCGACCAAUUAACGGAGCCGUCGAAUCUUCGCCCUUGGCAUUUGCCCCUGCAACAACGACUGAGGAGGAAGACUUUGUUACGAUCCAACAUCGGUAUUCUACUUUCAACGGGGAAAUCAUGGGUGUUAGAUACAACCCCAAGACUGAGUGGAAGUUCUGCGCCGGUGUAGAUGAUAACGAGAGGAUUCUUCUCAAAUGUUUUGAUAGUCAAGAUGGAGUGGCCAAGCGUGUGGCACACACUGCAUUUGUUGACCCUAAUACUCCCCCCGAGGCAAAGGCGCGAGAGAGUAUUGAGGUUAGGGCGCUGGUGUUUGGAUAA